GCAUCCAAAGAAAAAGAAACAACACUUUGUUCAUUGGACCGAGUUAUUGGAAUUAACGCUCACAUGAAUCGAAAAAUUAGCUGAAACCUUUUGGUUUCUAUAUAUAUUUUAAUGAACAUGCUCAGAGCUUUCUUUUUAGCUGCGACGAAUGGACUUGAUAUCACUGAUGCAAUGGCCAGACCCCACUCUCAAAUACUGUGGCUGUCAAAAAGUGAAUAUUUCUCGUUCUUCCACAUUCAUACAUCAUGUCUGCCGCUGCUGUUAACCCCAAGGCUUUCCCUCUUGCUGAUGCCGCUUUGACCAACACCAUUCUCGACCUCGUCCAGCAGGCUUCUCACUACAAGCAGUUGAAGAAGGGUGCUAACGAAGCCACCAAGACUCUUAACCGUGGUAUCUCCGAAUUCAUCAUCAUGGCUGCUGACACCGAGCCCCUUGAAAUUUUGUUGCACUUGCCCUUGUUGUGUGAAGAUAAGAACGUUCCCUACGUCUUUGUUCCUUCCAAGACUGCUUUGGGUCGCGCUUGCGGUGUGUCUCGUUCGGUCAUUGCUGCUUCGGUUACCACCAACGAAGCUUCCGACUUGAAGCCCCAGAUCUUGUCCAUCAAGAACCAGAUCGAAAAGUUGCUUAUCUAAGCACACUUUUUCGUCUCACUCUUUCUUCUUCAUUUCAUAUCAUCAUUCUUUUCUUGAUGAUCCCAGUUGGUGCUGA